CGCGAUCCGGCAGGUGCUCGUCGACCUCGUCCCCUAACCGCAGGUAUUGGCGACGUCUACGACGAAGGGCGCAUCUUCGGCCGGUAGCACGCUUCAUUACGUUCCAUAUCUAUCUCUCCUCUUGCGCCCUGCACGUUUCAUUCUUGAUCCUCAGUAACGCACGAUUCAACCUUGACCACCUAACCUAGACAGAUACAGCACAUCAUGGGCAGCAUUGGCCUCCCGCCGAAGGACUCAUCCGAGAUCUAUCUCACCACGGCCACCCCAGCUGAAAUCGAAGAACUCUCCCGCGCGAACAGCAUCGAAUGGAAAGCUGCGCUCGAGCUCGAGCCGUACUUGCUUCGCGAGCAGCACCUGGCAAACCAGGAACUCACAAGAGACGGCGGUCUCACCACGUGGGUACUCGUUUGGCAGCCAGGCUCCGCUGCAGAUCGCCACAUUCUCACCGGCUGUGAAACGAUCAAGAAGCGAGCGUUGGUCUCGAAGAACGGCAAGGUGGACGAUGCAAUCUGCCACGGCGUGUGCUCCGUCUUUUGUCUACCGGAGUUUCGUGGCAGAGGGUACGCUGGCAGAAUGAUGGCGGAGCUGGGCGACAAGUUGAGGAAUUGGAAAGUGGACAAUGACAAGCAGCACGUCUUCAGUGCUCUCUGGUCAGAUAUCGGGAAGCAGUUUUACGCUGCGAGAGGAUGGCACCCAUAUGCGUCACUCCACAUCACUCUCCCGGCACGCGAGCAGCCAUUAGGUGCAGGGGUACAGCUUCUCAAGAGCCAAGACCUAGCGGAAGCGUGUAUGAUCGACGAAAAACUGAUGCGCAGCCGUCUCCAGGCACGCGGCAACAACGGCCGGACGACUGUCUCGAUCCUUCCAGAUCAGCGAACUGUAGCCUGGCAUCACGCUCGAGAAGACUUUGUAUCCAAAGAACUGCUCAAAAAAUCGCCUACUGUCAGAGGUGCUAGAGUUGGCUCUGUUUGGGCUUAUUGGACACGCGUAUGGGCGGAUCCUCAAGGCCACGAUCCAAAUACCUUGCACAUCCUACGUCUUGUGAUAGAAGACGAUCAACUCGGAGCGGAUCUGUCCCCAGCCACCACGGAAGGCGUUGAUGCGAUAAACGCUGCUAUCGAAGGGCGGAAGCAGUUGCCAGGUCUGGAAUCUGGCAAGGUCGCAGAGAUCAGACAGUCAAUUGCGAAGAUAUUGGCCGUUGCACAGACAGAAGCGGAUCGAUGGGGGAUGAAAGAGGUCAUGUUGUGGAAUCCCACCAGCCUUGCAUUAGCUGCUGCCAAACAGAUUGACAAGAAUGUCUCGGUGAUGGAACGCCAGUCAGAGAGCAUACCGAGCCUACGAUGGUACGAUGGGAACUGGAAAGAUGUUGACUGGGUGGAAAAUAUGAAAUAUGCUUGGUGUUGAGCGAGCUUGAUCUAGGUGAGGACGUGACGGGCGUUGACAGAAUGGACUCUUAAAUGCAACCUGAGUGUUUCGACGAUUGGCCUCUGGUCAAGCAGUGGAAGGUGGUACUUAGCAUGAUGAUUCGUAUUUCUCCACAAAAAGACACGGCCGCUCCGAGCAAAGCUAAAACGAUCGGCGGCGGCAUUGUCCAGUCUGAGCAUCUUCUUCAGCAGAGUUGUCCAGAAUAGAAUUGUCUGCAUCACUCCGGCCCGUGUUGAGAACAUGUACUGUAUAGACCACAGAUUCACGGCAACGACAUGUGGUAGUGUGCCAAACGCCACAACCGCGCGAUUCUCAACCACG